AUGAAGGGCAAUGUGAUGUUCUAUGAGGAGGACCUGAUUGAGAGCGGCAUAGACCUCACUGACGCCUCAGUGUAUUCUGGGAUUUGCACUGUGAUCUUUAAGCAGGAAUCUGUGAUUCAUAAGAGGAAAGUCUACAGCUUCAUUCAUCUGAGCGUUCAGGAGUUUCUCGCUGCUUUCUAUGUGUUCUACUGCAAUUUAAUGAAGAACAUAGAGCCACUGAAUGAAUUCAGAUCUUACAAAUUUUCCGGAGUAUCUCUGUAUGAUCUACUAACAUCAGCAGUAGAUAAAGCCCUCAAGAGUGAGAAUGGACAGCUGGAUCUGUUCCUGCGGUUCCUGCUAGGCGUCUCACUGGAGUCCAAUCAGAGACUCUUACAGGAUCUACUGACACACACAGAGAACAGCUACGAGACCAUCAGGAGAACCACACAGUACAUUAAAGAGAAGAUCAAAGAUCCAGAUGAUAUUUAUUAUCACAAAUCCAUCAAUCUGUUCCUCUGUCUGCUGGAAGUGAAAGAUCAGACUCUGUCCAGAGAGAUUCAGGAGUUUGUGAAAUCAGACAAACACUCAGAGAAACUCUCUCCUGCUCACUGCUCAACAAUCUCCUACAUGCUUCAGAUGUCAGAGGAGCCGCUGGAUGAGUUUGAACUCAUGAAAUACAACACAUCAGCUGAGGGGAGAAGUAGACUGAUACCAGCUGUGAUCAACUGCAGAAAAGCUCUAUUUUCUGGCUGUGAUCUCUCAGAUCAGCAUUGUGAAAUGGUGUCAUCAGCUCUACAAUCCUCAAACUGUGUCCUGAGAGAGCUGGAUCUGAGUAAAAAUCACCUGCAGGACUCUGGUAUAAAGUUUAUUUCUGAUGGACUGAAGAAUCCAAACUGUCAGCUGCAGAUACUGAGAUUUUCUGGCUGUGAUCUCUCAGAUCAGCAUUGUGAAAUGGUGUCAUCAGCUCUACAAUCCUCAAACUCUGUCCUGAGAGAGCUGGAUCUGAGUAACAAUGACCUGCAGGAUUCAGGAGUGAAGCUGCUCUCUGAUGGACUGAAGAGUCCAAACUGUCAGCUGCAGAUACUGAGCCUCUCUGGCUGUAAUCUCACUGGUCAGCAUUGUCAGAGUUUGUCAUCUGUUCUACAAUCCUUAAACUGUGCCCUGAGAGAGCUGGAUCUGAGUAACAAUCACCUGCAGGAUUCAGGAGUGAAGCUGCUCUCUGAUGGACUGAAGAGUCCAAACUGUCAGCUGCAGAUACUGAGUCUUGCUGGCUUUAAACUCACUGCUCAGUGUUGUGAGAGUUUGUCAUCAGCUCUACAAUCCUCAAACUGUGUCCUGAGAGAGCUGGAUCUGAGUAAUAAUGACCUGCAGGAUUCAGAAGUGAAGCUACUCUCUGAUGGACUGAAGAGUCCAAACUGUCAGCUGCAGAUACUGAGGUUGUCUGGCUGUAUGGUGACAGAGGAAGGCUGUGGUUAUUUGUCUUCAGCUCUGAGUUUAAACCCCUCACACCUGAGAGAGCUGGAUCUGAGCUACAAUCACCCAGGACAAUCAGGAGUACAGCUGCUCAUCCACAAACUGGAGGAUCCAAACUAUAAACUGCAGAUACUCAAUGUGGAUCAUGGAGGAGAGGUCAGAAUUACAGCAGGACUACGAAAGUAUGCCUGUGAUCUCACACUGGAUCCAAACACAGCAAACAAUUACAUCAUUCUGACUGAUGAGAACAGGAGGGCAACAUAUGUGAAAGAGCCGCAGCCGUAUCCUGAUCAUCCAGAGAGAUUUGUUGGUGGUGAGCGGGUUUUGUGUGGAGAGAGUCUGACUGGACGCUCUUACUGGGAGGUUGAAUGGAGCGGCUGGGGUCAGGCAGCAGUGGCAUAUAAAGAAAUCGGAAGGAAGGGAGGGAGUGACUGUAGGUUUGGAUACAAUGACAAAUCCUGGAGUCUGAUCUGCUCUAAUAACAGAUUCACUGUCCGUCACAAUAAUAACGACACUGUUAUACCUGCUGUCCGUUCAUCCUCUAAUAGAGCAGGAGUGUAUCUGGACGUGUCGGCCGGCUCUCUGUCCUUCUACAGCGUCUCUGACACACACACACUCACACACUUACACACAUUCAGCACCACAUUCACUGAACCCCUCUGUGCUGGGUUUAGAGUUGAUUAUAAUUCCUCAGUGUCUCUGUGUGAUAUUAAACGAUAGAGAGACUCUCUGUAAAUCCUCUUUCUGAUGUUCACAUGAACACAAACUCAUCAAAUCUCACAUAGUUACAUUUGUAUUCAUUCAUUUUUAAUUAAUGUUUUUAAUUUUCAACUAGAAGUUAUAAAUCUAGAUCAGACACACACAGUUUUGAAUCUUUAAUAAACAGAGUAAAAGGUUGCUUUAAUAUUUAAAUUGUA